CCCUAGCCCCUAGCCCUAGACCUAUUCUAGAUUAAGGAAGAUUAAAAGAUUAAUUUAAUAACUAAAUGUGAAUCUUGCUUAGAUCCUAGAUCUCCCCCCUCUCCAAUAAGAAAAAAACAACAGCCAUAGCCUGGCAGGUGUGGCUCAGUGGCUGAGUAUCAACCUAUGAACCAGGUCAGGGUUUGAUUCCCGGUCAGGGCACAGGCCCGGGUUAUGGGCUGGAUCCCCAGUGUGGGGUGUGUAGGAGGCAGCCAAUCCGUGAUUCUCUCUCAUCAUUGAUGUUUCUCUCUCUCUUUCCCUUCCUCUCCGAAAUCAAUAAAAUCAUUAAAAAUAAAUAAAAUUUAAAAACAGCCAUAAAACUGUGAGAGUUCAAUAUGCACUGCACAGUGAAGUACUAUACUAAAUGUUAAGCGUCGGACGAGAUUAUUGUAUUGUGGUUAAGUUAGGAGAAUGUCCUUGUUAGGAGCCGGCUCUGGGAUACUUCGGGGUGACCUGUAACUAUGUCUGCAAGCAGCACUCCGGCAAAUUGUGUACGGACUACAAUGUUUACCUGGUUGAAGAAUUUCGUAUCAGCUUCCAGUCAACGCUCUCCACAAACUGAACGAGCCAAGUUUCGUCUGUAUGGCUGAGGCGACACGGGCAGCCACAUGUCACCUUCCUGGGGCUAAUGGAGCCUUGAGAGUUUUAAGCGGCCACAGCUCGGUGCGGGCCAGCGACGGGCCCUGGUUCCACCUUUGCUCGAGGGGCACCCACGCGCCUUCUGCACACCUCCGUGGUCACGUGAAGGCCGGCACCACAAGGCCCCGGCCGCGCUCAGGCUCCCACAGGCAACACACAGCAGCAGCACGUGCUGUUCGACGUGCUUUACGGCAGUCGCAUUACGGAGGGCGAAGCUGCGUCCCUGCCCGGCACUGCACGCCUGUACAGGGGCACGUGCUGUCUGCCUUGCUUUACGGCAGUCGCUGGAGGCGCGAAAGCGAGCACACACACAACAGCGGCACGUGCUGUCUGCCUUGCUUUACGGCAGUCGCUGGAGGCGCGAAGGCGAGGCCACGAUCCCGCCCCCAGAGGUGCGCACUUGACAGCGGCCUGCUGUGUGUUGCACUUUACGGCAGCUCCAUGCCCACGUGAUUGUGAGCUGGCUGGGCAUCCGUUGGCGUCGGUGCUCCCACUGCUCCGUGACGCCGGCGGCGAUGGCGGCGGCGCUGUGGCGGAAGGCGUUGGACUACGUGAAGAACAAGGAGUUCCGUGACUAUGUGACCAGCACGCACUUUUGGGGUCCCCUGGCCAACUGGGGCCUGCCGCUGGCCGCCUUUCGGGACAUGAAGGACUCCCCGGAGAUCAUCAGCGGCCGCAUGACCGUGGCGCUCAUCUUCUACUCACUGGCCUUCAUGCGCUUCGCCCACCGCGUGCAGCCCCGCAACCGGCUGCUCAUGGCGUGUCAUGGCGCCAACGUGAUGGCGCAGAGUGUGCAGGGCAGCCGCCUGCUCAUCCACCGCUAUGGCAGCAGCCGCAGCCUUCAGACAGCUGCUGACACCGACGCCGACACCCCCACCGACGCCUGUACCAACACCCGCGCCGAGGCUGCUGCCACCGAGUGCUGCAUUUAUAUCGCCUUCGAUUAGGUGGUCGCCAGCCCCAACCUGCAGGCCCCGGGAUGAGGUUCGUGAUGGCUGACAUGACCCUGUUGAAUCUUCGCAGCUUGCAAGGACUGGACUAUUCUUCCUACAGAUGAAGGAAAAGUUCGGUUUUGAUUGUAAAACAGUGCAAAUCUCAUUGAAACCUGCAGUUUGGUUAAUAAAAAAAAUAGAAAGUUGCACAACUGACACCAAGUGUCGCCUCUUUCUUGAUCUGGACAUGAAAUAUUUUGUAGAUUGGUUGUUUUCAUGGGACCUGCAACUUGAGGGUUAGUUUUGUAUGGGGAAGAAAAAUUGAAUUAAAGGUAUUUCAAAUUAUGUAUCUAACUGCUUCUUUCUUUUUAAAAAACAUUUUUAUGGAUGUCAGAGAGGAAGGGAGAGGGAGAGAGAGAAACAUCCAUGAUGAGAGAGAACCAUGGAUCGGCUGCCUCCUGCACGCCCCUCACUGGGGAUGGAGCCCACCACCCGGGCCUGUGCCCCAACCGGGAAUCAAACCCUUCAGUCCACAGACCUUUGCUCUAUCCACUGAGCCAAACCAGCUAAGCUAGCUCAUUGCUUCUUUUAUUUUCUUAAAUUUCUGUUUUUGUUACUUGUUUUGGGUGUCCAGGGGCCAAAUAAGGAUGCUUAGCACACAUGGCUUUUUAAAAACUUGGUAGAGCCACAAAUCUCUUCACACCAAAUAAGUCUGAGGCUAUUUCUACUGAUGGAAAUACUUGGAAGUGAGUUUAAAUGAACUCAGUGAAAUACAGUUUAGACCUUUAAGGAGUACUUACUAAGAGAAUCUACAAUCUCUUGGUGACAGAGCAAUUCUAGAAUCUUCCAUGGAAAGGAUAAACAACUCUGAGGUCAAUUGUUAUCAACCCUAGAGUCUAGAUACCUAAACUAGAAAAUAAAAAUGGCAAAAUCCCAAUCAUUCCCUCCUCUCCUCAUGCCUAAAAAUAGGGCAAAUGCAGUUUGUAAAACUGGUUAACCUAUCACCCUGGGU